CGGCCGGCUGCUGCUGAGCCGCGAGAUGGACCUCGCGGCGAGAGUGGAGGCGCUGCAGGCCGCGACGGACCUGCCGGCCCUCCGCCUCGUGUCGCACGAGCCCGGCAUGCUCUCGCUCGACCACACGCACGUGGCCGCACGCUGCGCGGCGCUGAGCGCGGCGCUGGGCGGCGGCGUCGAGGUCGGCCUGGUGCUCCGCCGUGCGCCGCGGCUGCUCUCGCGCUCUCCCGCGCGCGUGCAGCGCACGCUCGCCGCGCUGCGCGACUUGCUUGAGCCGCUCGGCCUCGACGCGCUGCAGCUCGUCCGGCACCAGCCGACCCUGCUGCUGCUCACCUCGCCGGCGGCGGCGCUCGCGCCCAAGCUGUCGCGGCUGCGAGCGCUCACGACCGAGGCCGAGUGGGCGCAGCUCGCCGCGACGCGGGCGGCGCGGCGCGUUCCCUCUCUGUCCUGCUCAAGCUGCCGCCGCAGCAGUACCGCGAGCAGUUUGGCGACACGGUCGGUCGACCCGGAGACCGUGGGUCGACGGCGGGGGCGGCCGACCCGAGAACGGUUGAGGGAAAUCGAUAGCGUUGGAGAGUACCUGAGUCUCCUGUGAGUCUCCUCUCGCUCUGUGUGAAUUCUGUAGCUGAGAUAUGAGAAAAAA